UUUCCCCGGAACGCACCGUUUCAUGACCUUCUCUACCAAAAUAAACGUUCAGACCUUCUCUCAAUUCCUCUGGCUCGUGAAUUUGUAUCACAGAGAGAGAGAAUGGGGACACGGUCGAAUUUCUACAAGAACCCUUCCUUAGCGUACAAGAAAGACUUCAGUCUCUCCUCUGUACUACAAAACCUUAGAGCUUACAACAUCGCCACUGGAAAUGCUCCUCUCACUGAACAACAACCACCACCACCACCACCACAGCGUGACGAGAAAAAGCCGUGCCAAAAACGACGCCGUAAUCCCAAACCACCGCCUGAUCGGAAACUUGAAAUUGAAGAUAACGAUGGACCUAUGUCUCACCAGGAUUACAUUGCAAAAAGAAGGAAGGAAGUUAGUUCGGUCCGGGUUUACGAGGAAUUAACUGCAGACGUUUUGAAAACUUCUAAUUCGGGUGCAAAUUUAGUAGGAUAUGAAAGUGAUGAAAGUAAUUCUUCAGAAUGUGAAGAAAAGCAAGAUCCUCCAACUUCUGGUUCCAUAAAUGAAUUCGAUCACAUCAAGAACAGAAGUGAGCAACGUUUUCCUGAUCCAGGAGAGCCUGUUUGUGUAGUAUGUGGGAGAUAUGGAGAAUAUAUAUGCAAUGAGACCGACGAUGAUAUUUGCAGCAUGGAAUGCAAAGCUGAGCUUUUGCAAAUUCUUAAACUUGACAAGGGGUCCUCAAGUGACCGAAUUUCAGAUGUCUCCACAUCUGGAGUUAAAGGUGCCUUACCAUUGCCUGAGUUUGGGGAGGACACCUGGGAUUAUAACCGCCAUCGCUGGUCCAAAAAGAGAUCUAGUCUUUGUACUUAUGAAUGUUGGAAAUGUCACAGGCCUGGACACCUUGCUGAAGACUGUUUGGUUGCAGAGGGGCAAAAUAAGUCAGGUUCAAUAUCCAGAGAUCUUCUUGGACUGUACAGAAGAUGCCACCAGAUAGGAAAAAACUUGUCAGCUGCAAAUUGCAAUGCAUGCCGCAGCUCAUUAACUUUGGCUACAUGCCUUGACUGUAGUAAUAUCCUUUGCGACAAUGCAGGCCAUUUGAAGGAGCAUAUCAGGAUGCAUCCAUCCCAUCAACAUUAUUACUCUCACAAACUCAAGCGUCUGGUAAAAUGCUGCAAAUCAACAUGCAGUGUGACUGAUAUCAGGGAUCUUUUGGUUUGUCACUACUGUUUGGAUAAAGCCUUUGACAAAUUCUAUGAUAUGUACUCUGCAACUUGGAAAGGAACUGGACUUUCUAUCAUCUGGGGUUCUGUUUGCUGUGAAGAUCACUUUGCUUGGCACAGGAUGAAUUGUUUGAGUGCAGGCAUGGAAGACAGCGCAUAUAUUAUCAGUAGGAAUGCCCAGAAAGACAAUCAUGUUCAGCUUAGUGACUUCAUUUUUUGAUGGGAUCAUGAAGGCAAGUAACACUUCAAUUGCUCAUAACUCUCAUAUUCUCCCAGCAAUACUUACUCUUGGCUGUUUGAGUACGCUAGCAAUAUAAGAAAGUGUUCAGCUUAGUGACUUCAUUUUUUGAUGGGGUCAUGAAGGCAAAUGACACUUCAUUUGCUCAUAAUACUCAUAUCCUCCCUGUAAUACUUACUGUUGGCUGUUUGAGUAUGAUAGCAAUAGAAAGUUUGCAACUCGAUGUCAAGUUGUCUACAUUUGGUAGAAAGCCAUGCUGUCUAAUGAAUCUAAAAGUUGGUGGUACUCUAUCAUAGGUGUUUCUGCAAUUAUAGUAGUAUGAUUUAAUGAGAGAAGCGUUCCUUAUUUAUGCUCUCGGGUUUCUGUAAUGUGGACUAUGUCUCUGUCAGUUUACAUCUGUCAUAUGGAUUGGAAUCUCAGGCCGGCAGCACCACCUCAAUGACUAUCUGUAGUAUAGGUUUUUGCAGAUGUACCUUUAGUUUUUAUUUAUUUAUUUUUUGCCGGAUGGAGGGGGAGGGCAGGGGAGGAGGUGAGGGAAAGAUCUCCAAUAUCUUGUUAACCUUUAAUGGCAAGAAUUCAGACUCUGAAAUGUUUAUUUGCAGUCUCUUAAGCCUGUGAUCUUCCUUGAAUAGGCAUGAUUUUGAUCAUGUCCAUGCUUGCAGGUUCAUGCA